AAUCGUCAAGACUUCAACACAACAACACAAGAGAGAGUAAAGAUGUGCAAAGGAGUUGAGAAAAAAGAAGAGAGAAGAAACGACGAUGGAGGAUGCCAAAGACUAUGCACGGAGAGUCCCAGAGCUCCGGUGAGCUGUGAGCUUUGCGGCGAGAACGCCACCGUGUAUUGUGAGGCAGACGCGGCUUUCCUUUGUAGGAAAUGUGAUCGAUGGGUCCAUUCUGCUAAUUUUCUUGCUCGGAGACAUCUCCGGCGCGUGAUCUGCACGACCUGUCAGAAGUUAACUCGUCAAUGUCUUGUCGGUGAUAGUUUUAAUGUCGUUUUACCGGAGAUAAGGACGAUGGCAAGGGUUGAAGAAGAUAGUAGUGAUCACAAAGUCCCCUUUGUGUUUCUCUGAUUUCUUUGUUUUAUUUUUCUCGUAAUGAAGAUUAAAUCUUGGUAAGGUUAAUGUAAUAUUUUUUUCCUCUAGAAAUGUUAUAAGAAUUUAGAUUCUAAAGCUUAAAAGUUCAAAAAAAAAUGAAAACCAAGAAGUACAGUUAGACAAAUAUAGCAAAACUGAU